UUUCAUUUCCUAGUUCGUUUUUUUUUUCUACUUUCACUUUCGUAACAGAAAGUUCACCAGGGACUUAAAAUAGUUUUAUCUUUUUUUUUAAAUUUAUUUUAACUAUUCUUAAAAUGUUUUGAAAUAUGCAUAAGAUACCAUUUCUUAAUUACAACUAUGUAGCUAGAUCUAGAGCUAUUGGCAUUCUUGAAUUAGAUCUAGAUUUAGAUUACCUACAGCUGCAGCAUCUCCGACACAAACGCCACAGCCACAGUUGCUCAAAGUCAAAUAAAUAUACGUCAACAACAGAAAGACGACAUACAACAGGCUUUCUUUUGAAACGUUCAAAGCUCCCUCUAAAUUCAAAUAAUAGUUUCUGCAGACAUUUAAGUUCCAAACAGCAAGAUGUAAUAUUGAAUGUGUUUGACAGAAAGGCUAAAGUUCUUCAAAGGGAGAGAGCAGCUCAGGGAUUUGAUGGAGAAGAUGUCUCUGUAUAUGACUAUAUCAAGGACGAGUUUGGUUAUAGAACUGCAGACAGAGUCUGGGAUAUAAAAAGAAAGUUUGGCGUGGUGGUUGAUUUAGGAAGUGGACGAGGUCAUGUAAGCAAACAUCUGAGUAGAGAGAUGAUUGAUACUGUUUAUCAGUGCGAGUUUUCUCCCUCAUUUCUGCACCAAGCAGCUGUAUCACCAGAGGUCCCGACACAUAAAAUGCUUGUGGAUGAAGAGAAUUUGCCAUUUAAAGAGAAUUCAAUCGAUAUGUUCAUUAGUAGUUUAAGUCUUCAUUGGGUCAAUGACUUGCCAGGUUGCUUCAAGCAGGUGUUGAGAGCACUGAAGAGUGAUGGCUGUUUUCUAGGUAGCAUGUUUGGGGCUGACACACUCUAUCAGUUGAGGGUUUCGCUUCAGCUUGCAGAACUAGAAAGGGAAGGGGGAUUUGGUCCACACAUAUCCCCUUUUACAACAGUUAAUGACCUGGGAAACUUAUUGUCUAGAGCUGGAUUUGUUUUACUGACAAUAGAUUUAGACGACAUCACAAUGAAUUAUCCCUCAAUGUUUGAGUUAAUGUUUGAUUUGAAAGGUAUGGCUGAGAAUAACUGUGCAUGGAGACGAAAACCUCAACUUCACCGUGAUUCUUUAAUAGCAGCAGCUGCCAUCUACAAAGAAAUGUACGGAAAUGAAAAGGGUAUUCCUGCGACAUUUCAGGUUGUUAAUUUUAUUGGCUGGAAGCCGGAUCCUUCACAACCACAGCCAGCAAAGCGUGGGUCUGGGCAAGUGUCCUUGAAAGAUAUAGACAAGCUGGAUCAAAUAACCAAACAGAUUAAACUUAUGGAAGAGUCAACACAAGGGGAGGCUACUGAUUCUAAUGAUACAGCCAAGAAAAGUCAGGAGCUGGAGGAAGAGUUACAAAACUUGGCCAAUCAUUAUGAUGACACAGACAAGAAUAAAUCAAAGAAGUAGAAAAAUACAAUUGAAUUUAGUCAAAGAAAAUAUUACGUUUCAAAAACUUU